UUCAAUUUUUAUUUUGUUUUGCAUACUGUGCGUUUAGUUCCAGGCUCCUUCAAUCGUCUUCCAAGUCUUCAACCUUACGCAGCUACGCUCAAUCGCUCAUACAUCUCGAGAUUCAAGCUCUUCCGUGCCUCCAUCUCUGAGUUGGUCUUCGUCGAUUCAACUCACUGCUUAAGCCCACUGCCCACGUUGCCAAGCCCCAGCCAGCAGCUCCAUCUUCUCUCUUCAUCGCAGCCCAUUGCUCCACCACCGUCGUCCGUUCACCAUUCGUCCGGCAUCCGGAGCAUAGUUCUUUAAGUUUUAAAGAGGAUCCAUUAUGGCUGCAUCGGAGGAGAAUAGUGCACUUUUUCCAAUCUUUAUCUUGACAAUAAUGGCGCUGCCAUUAGUGCCCUACACUAUUGUCAAGUUAAUUCGUGCUUUUUCCAAAAAAUCUACCAGCAUCAACUGUCAAUGCUCUGUUUGCUUUCAGUCUGGAAAGUAUCGGAAAUCCAUAUUCAAGAGGAUAUCAAACUUCUCAACCUAUAGUAAUCUUACCGUUGUACUGCUCUGGAUCGUAAUGGGUGUACUGGUUUACUACAUAAAAAAUAUUAGCACUGAGAAUGAAAUAUUUGAGCCAUUUAGUAUUCUUGGGCUGGAACCUGGAGCUUCAGACUCAGAAAUAAAGAAGGCAUAUCGGAGAUUAUCAAUUCAAUAUCAUCCUGAUAAAAAUCCUGAUCCAGAGGCACACACAUAUUUCGUGGAUUUCAUAUCAAAGGCAUAUCAAGCUCUAACAGAUCCUAUAUCCCGCGAAAAUUUUGAGAAAUAUGGUCAUCCUGAUGGGAGGCAGGGGCUUCAAAUGGGCAUUGCCCUCCCUCAGUUCCUGUUAAAUAUCGAUGGAGCAUCUGGUGGAAUACUGCUGCUUGGAAUAGUUGGAGUUUGUAUAAUUUUACCCCUCACAAUUGCUGUUAUUUAUUUAUCGAGGUCAGCGAAGUAUACUGGAAAUUAUGUUAUGCAUUCAACAUUAGCUGCGUAUUACCACUUCAUGAAGCCAUCUUUAGCCCCAAGCAAGGUCAUGGAUGUCUUCAUUAAGGCUUCUGAAUACAUGGAAAUUCCUGUUCGCCGGAUUGAUGAAGAACCUCUUCAGAAAUUGUUUGUGUUAGUCAGGAGUGAGCUGAAUUUAGACCUUAAAAAUAUACGCCAAGAGCAAGCUAAGUUUUGGAAACAGCAUCCUGCACUAGUGAAGACUGAAUUGUUGAUUCAAGCUCAGUUAACCCGUGAAACAGCAGCAUUAUCUCCAAAUUUGCAGCGUGAUUUCAGACGUGUUCUUGAACUUGCUCCUCGUCUUCUUGAAGAAUUGAUGAAGAUGGCCAUUAUACCACGCACUCCUCUUGGGCACGGAUGGUUGAGACCAGCAAUUGGGGUAGUUGAAUUGUCUCAGAGCAUUAUUCAGGCUGUUCCACUUAGUGCAAGAAAAGCAACAGGUGGAUCUAGUGAAGGAUAUGCUUCUUUUCUGCAGCUACCACACUUCAGUGAGGCUGUCAUCAAGAAGAUAGCAAGAAAGAAAGUGCGCACGUUUCAAGACUUCCGAGAUAUGAAUGCGGAAGAGCGUAUGGAACUGCUGACACAAGUUGCUGGCUUCUCUGAUGCUGAAUACCAAGAUGUGGAGAUGGUUUUUGAAAUGAUACCUUCAAUAUCAAUUGAUAUCUCAUGUGAGACAGAAGGGGAAGAAGGAAUUCAAGAGGGUGACAUAGUGACCAUGCAUGCUUGGGUCACUCUCAAGCGUGGUAAUGGUUUGAUCCGUGCACUGCCACAUUCGCCUUACUUUCCCUUUGACAAAGAGGAGAACUUUUGGUUGCUGCUUGCCGACUCCUUUUCAAAUGAUGUUUGGCUAUCCCAGAAGGUUAGCUUCAUGGACGAAGCCACAGCCAUAACUGCUGCAUCAAAAGCAAUCCAAGAGUCAAAAGAGGGUUCUGGUGCGAGUGCUAGGGAAAUAAAUGGUGCUGUGAGAGAAGCCAUUGAGAAAGUGAAAAAUGGUUCAAGGCUGGUGAUGGGGAAGUUCCAGGCCCCACCCGAGGGGAACUACAACUUGAGCUCUUUCUGCUUAUGCGACUCCUGGAUUGGUUGUGAUGCAAAGUCGAACUUGAAGUUGAAGGUUUUGAAACGGAGCAGAGCUGGAACAAGGGGUGUCACGGCAGAUGAGACACCAGCUCCCGAAGAAGGAAUUGAGGAGGAAGAGGAAGAUGACGAUGUAUAUGAUGACUAUGAAAGCGAGUACAGUGAAGAUGAUGAAGAUGUAAAAGACACAAAGGGGGGCAAGGAAGUUGUGGCCAAUGGCACAACUCAGAAGAAGGGCAGCAGCUCAAGCUCUGAUGAUGAUUCAGAAACUGAAGCAGAUUAACAGACAGCUGUUAUAUUGUUUUGUUACUCAUCUUUCACCUGUGUAAACCGUAAUUUCAAAUUUUGGAGAAAGGAAAACAAAGAUUUUAUUUCACAAAACCCCACGGAGGGAGGGAGCAUGGCAGGCUGGAUGGAAGGGGAAACAAAAGAAAAUUUUCAUGGAUUCGGUUCCCUCAUUUGGACAAGUUAGAGCUGUCUUCUUAGAACUGUUAUACUUCAUCUACAUGAAUAAAUUGGAUACCAUAUCAUAUAUAGCAUUAAUGUUUUAGAUUUCUGAUUA